CGUUUCCGCUGUGUUUACAUCCUUGUACAGAAGAGCGCUAAAGUCAAGGCACGUUUGUUAGGGAGACGGGAGUAUUUGAAUUUCAAAGCAGCGCUCUGAGCGUGUCUCUGGGAUGUGUGGCCGCACAGCGUGCACGCUGGCCCCGGUCGAGGUGAGCGCUGCCUGUUCGUAUCGUGACCGGCAGGGCAGGAUCAGACGCCCGGCCUGGAGGGAUGGAGACCAGGAUAAGUACAGGCCUUCCUACAACAAGAGCCCGCAAAGCAGCAGCCCUGUGCUGGUAUCUCGCAGCCACUUCUGCAAGGGUGCUGCGAGUGAGGAGCGUGUGAUCGCAACCAUGCGCUGGGGCCUCGUCCCGUCCUGGUUCCAGGAGAGCGCCCCCUCAAAGAUGCAGUACAGCACCAGCAACUGCCGCAGUGAAGGGAUGAUGCAGAAAAAGUCCUACAAGGACCCUCUGUUAAGGGGGAAACGCUGUGUGAUCCUGGCUGACGGCUUCUAUGAGUGGAAGAGGCAGGACAAGGAGAAGCAGCCGUACUUCAUCUACUUCCCCCAGGCCACAAGGGACGAGGAAGAGGUACCGGGUGUGGAGGGAGAGAAUUCUGAGGAGUGGAGGGGCUGGAGGCUGCUCACAAUGGCCGGCCUCUUCGAUUGCUGGACCCCCCCAGGGGGAGGGGAGCCCCUGUACACCUACACCAUCAUCACUGUGGGGGCAUCCAGGGCAAUGGACUGGGUGCACGACAGAAUGCCUGCCAUCCUGGAUGGGGAGGAGGCAGUCGGGCAAUGGCUGGAUUUCGGAGCGGUCAAACCUCUUGAAGCGAUGAAGCUCAUUCACCCCACUGAAGCCCUCUGCCUUCACCCGGUCUCCAGCAUCGUCAACAACUCCAGAAACAACACCCCAGAGUGCAUCCAACCCAUUGAACUGGGGGUGAAGAAGGAAGCAAAGCCGUCCGCCAGCAGUAAAAUGAUGCUGAACUGGUUAAAAACUGAGUCUCCCAAGAAGGAAGGUGGCGCCACAGAGUCUCUGGCUAGUCCAUCUAAGAAGCAGCAGGAAGGGGGAGCGAAGAGGGGCAGUGAGGGGCUGAUGCAAGCCUGGCUCAGGAAAGCAGAGAGCUGUGAGCCUGUAAAGAAACCACGAACAAACUGACACACUGUGCUUGAGCUGCAUGAGCCAGUGCCGGGACCCUGGGACAGUGCGAGAGGACUGUACUGUCAAAGAGGCCUUUGCAUUGAAAGAGUGAGAUUGUGAUUUGAAAUAAGUCCUUAAUUUUGUUUGUGUCCCAUGUUUUCACUGCGGAGUUGAAUUUAAUUAUUAAAUGAUUAAAGGUUGCCAUAUCCAGUAACCAGAGCAGUAAA